AUGGGCCCUGGCCUGCCUGGGGCUGGGCUGCCCCGGUGCUGAGCCGGCUCGCCCAGAAGUACGACCCACAGAAGGAGGCUGAGCUGCGGACAUGGAUCGAGAGCGUCACGGGGCGCCAGAUCGGGCCUGAUUUCCAGAAGGGGCUGAAGGAUGGGGUGAUCCUCUGCGAGCUCAUGAACAAGCUGCAGCCCAACUCUGUGAGGAAGAUCAACCGCUUAGCUCAGAACUGGCACCAGCUCGAGAACCUCUCCAACUUCAUCAAGGCCAUGGCCAGCUAUGGCAUGAACCCUGUGGACCUCUUUGAAGCCAAUGACCUGUUUGAGAGUGGGAACCUGACACAGGUGCAGGUGUCACUGCUGGCUCUGGCGGGAAUGGCCAAGACGAAGGGACUGCAGAGUGGUGUGGACAUCGGCGUGAAGUACUCGGAGAAGCAGCAGAGGAAUUUUGAUGAGGCCAAGAUGAAGGCUGGGCAGUGUGUGAUUGGGUUGCAGAUGGGCACAAACAAGUGUGCCAGCCAGUCUGGCAUGACAGCCUACGGCACCCGGAGGCACCUCUAUGACCCCAAGAACCAGAUCCUGCCGCCCAUGGACCACUCCACCAUCAGCCUCCAGAUGGGCACCAACAAGUGUGCCAGCCAGGUGGGCAUGACAGCUCCCGGCACCAGGAGACACAUCUACGAUUCCAAGAUGGGAACAGAGAAGUGUGACAACUCCUCCAUGUCGCUGCAGAUGGGCUCCAACCAGGGUGCCAACCAGAGCGGGCAGGUCUUCGGCCUCGGCCGCCAGAUCUACGACCCCAAGUACUGCCCACAGGGCAACCAGGGUGAGGUGGCCAAUGCUGCUGGAGACCCGAGCGGGGACCCCCCUGGGUACGGCUACUAUCACAAGGAGGAGGAGAGUUACUGAACGGGAUGGCACCGGCCCUGUCCACACCAUCUGCUGUGCAGCCCCACUGCCAGCCACAUUCCUGCCUCUACUGUCGUCAGCAUUCCUUCUUUUUAAACU